GCUGCUUCUCUGCAACUCAGUGCAACAGAGUGAGCAGUGUCACACACCUGAAAGCAAUGCUCUUCAAACCCCACACCAUCUCUUCCCACAUCCUCAGCAACCACCUCAACCAACUAAGAUCCAUUUCAAGCCUCAAAGUCGUUUGGCGCAAAGACCCAGAACUCGACCGUGCAAUCGAAAACGACAAGCGUUUCAAGCUAUGCGCCCGCGUCGUUCGCGAAGUCCUCAACGAACCCCGCCACGUCAUCCCCCUUCGCUACCUCGAAAAGCGUCGCCAAAGAAUGCACCUCAAAGUCAAAAUCGAAACCUUCCUCAACCAUAACCCUGGUUUGUUCGACGUCUACUUGGACCGCAUUAAGCCCAAAACCGAACCUGUCCGGUUCAUCCGGUUCAGUGCAAAGCUCCAGAACUUUCUAGAAGAACAAAAGAGAAUCUUCCAGAAGAACGAGGACUUGAUCGUUGCGAAACUCUGUAAGCUUUUGAUGAUGUCUAAGAAUAAAGUUGUUAGUGCUGAUAAGUUGCUUCAUGUCAAGAAGGAAUUCGGUUUCCCUGAUGACUUUUUGGUUGAUUUGGUACCUAGGUAUUCGAAUUAUUUUAGGUUAAUUGGAUCACCUGGUGAAGGGCAAUCGUUCCUUGAAUUGGUUAACUGGGAACCUAAAUUUGCGAAAUCUGUGAUUGAGCAUAGGGCUGAGGAGGAGAGUGAGAGGAUUGGGAUUAGGGUUAGGCCUAAUUUUAGAGUUCAACUUCCUAGUGGUUUUGUGCUGAAGAAGGAUAUGAGGGACUGGGUUAGGGAUUGGAUGGAGCUUGAUUAUGUUUCACCUUACGCGGAUGUUUCGCAUUUGGAGCAGAAUUCGAGGGAAAUGGAGAAGAGGAUGGUUGGUGUGUUUCAUGAAUUGUUGUCACUUUCACUGUAUAAGAGGAUUCCGGUGCCCAUUUUGGGGAAGUUCUGUGAUGAGUAUAGAUUUUCGAAUGCCUUUUCGAGUGUUUUUACAAGGCAUUCAGGGAUAUUUUAUAUGUCACUGAAAGGAGGGAUCGAGACGGCGGUGCUAAGAGAAGCAUACGAGGGUGAUAAGUUGGUUGAUUUGGAUCCACUGCUGGAGAUAAAGGACAAGUUUGUUGAGUUGUUGGAGGAAGGUUGGCGGCAGAGGGCGGAGGAGUUGAGGUUGAAACAAGAGAAGCUUAGGAGGGAUAUGGAAAAUUCGGCCACCAAAGUUGACCAAAUGAGUGUGAAAGAGACCAAUGUGGAUGGUCGAAGACAUGUGGACAAUGGAAGACGGAGAGCUUUCAAGGAUUUCAGUGAAACAGUGCUACAAGAAAAUCUUUGUUUUGGUCCCGCACGAAGCCUGCAAUAUAUUGGAGUUGGCGAGCAGUAUAUUUAAGUUCACAACUUAUGAAAAAUUCUUAAUUUCUGCCAGACAUCUGAUGUGAGAUUUCCUAUUAUAGUUUCAAGCGAAGGAUACACAUUAACAUAUCUGCUAAGGAUGGAAGAAAUGAAUUGCAAUCUUGGACUUUAUUAGCAAUUUCUGCUACCAAAUAACUUUCUCAGAGUAGCAAUGAAGUAAUUUAUAUCCUUUCAGGAACAGCUGGAAGUAAGGCGAAAAGGUGUGAAGAACUUAACUUUUGUCAUGUUAUUAUGGUAUCAUGCAUGUUAUCUUCAGAGAAUUGUCCCCAAUUAAUAAUAUCAGAUCACCUUGGU